AUGGCGGUUGAUAACGAACCAGCUUCUAGCGCGGAUGCGCGGGAAGUCGUGGCGGAGCUGCGCCAACGGCUGCUCGACCGCGCGCUGCCCAUAGAGCAGCGCAUCCGCGCGCUCUUCUCUUUGCGCAACCUCAAGGGGGAAGCUCCGCAGCAGGCACUUAUAGAAGGCAUGGAGGAAAAGUCGGUGUUAUUGGCCCACGAGGCAGCAUUUGCUCUCGGGCAGAUGGGUGAUGUUUUUGCGGUGCCUGCGCUCACUCGGGUGCUUAAGGACUCGUCGUACCAUCCCAUUGUUCGACACGAGUCCCUUGCCCUCCCUCCUCCCAUCUCUCCUCCCCCCCCCCCACCCCCCUUUCUCAACCCCCACACUCCCUGUGCCGCCAGCAGCAAGGGCUCUAGCUCUCAGGGUAGCAUAGAAAAGAACUCCUUUCCUUUCCUUCUGUAG